GUGGAGAUACUAAUACCACAUCACCAUCAUCAUCAUGGCAGCAAGAAAAUCCGUCGAAAUCCUUUGAAAAACUUGGAUCUCGAUUUUAAAUUCGAUGUUAAUUCGUUUUAGCCAGCACUCAAAUUUACCACAACAACAAAACUAUCAACUGCCAAAGCCGCCACAAAGAUUCAAGCCGUAUUUCGAGGCCACAAAGUGAGAGAAACCAUGAAAAAAUCGGAAACCAAAACUACAACCAACAAUGGCAGCGCCUCUGCCUCUGCCCCUGCCCCUGCCUCUGCUGCUGCCGCCGAGCCGGAGCCCACCAAAGCAGAGCUCGAGGCUGAGUUCGAUCCGAACGACAAAGAGCUGUGCCAUGCUGCGCUGAAGAUUCAGUCCACUUUCCGUGGCCAUCUGGCACGCAAGCUGGUCAACAAGGAUGUGCCGGAGGACGAGGACAUACAGGAGAUAACCAAGAAGGUGGCCGAGGAGCUGGACAUUGAUUUAACCGAUCCGGAACUAAACAAGGCCGCCACCAAAAUCCAAGCAUCGUUCCGCGGCCACAAGAUCCGCAGGGAAACCAAUCCCGAAUAAGCUGGCCAAUGCGCAGACUUUUCAAUUUGUUGGUGUCGGCUGACCACAGAGCAGUCUACAAAUAUUAAAGAAACAUAAAUUAAAAAAAAAAAAAAAAAAAUUGAUUAAACAAACAGAAAACAAGAAACAAAAAUUGGUAAAAUGUAACUGUGCAAAGUGUUUGAUGAAGCCUGCACUCUUGUAAACUUCUUAGAAAAUAUGUUAAUUAAUUAAUUAAUAAUAUGAAUAAUUCAUUAUUUUAUAAGCAAUAAUUAAAUUGAUUGAAAGUUUUGAGUUCUUCAAUUCUACAACUAAAUGAAAUCUGUCAGAGAAUCAAUCGAUUUAUUCUAUAAGCUAGUUGGAUUUGUUGUGUGGAAUGAUUUGCUAGAGAUCAAUUAGUAUAUAUAUAACUAUAUAUAUAUAUGUAUCUCUAUAUGAAUUCCAUUCGUAAAUGAUGUGUAAAGCCGACCCGAGCCAAUUAUUAGCUUAUAACUGAAGCCUAUAAUGGAAACUUCCUUGUUUAGUAAUUUCUAUCAUUAAAUAAAUAUUUCAAAAAUUAAAAAAUGCAUAGCUUUUUGCCUACAGAAAACAAGAGAUUUAUAAUUUGCCAACUAAAUCAUUUAAAAUAAUUUCAUAUUGUAGAGUAUUAUUUAAACUCUGCUUAAGUAAAUCCAAAUAAACAAAAACCAAAGGCAAAUCAGUUUUUAAAAAUUAAUUUGCAAAGCAUGUUAAAAAAAAAAUACAAAAAAAAUUAUGAAAAAAAUGGCACGAUGUUCCAAAAUUUAUUGUAGGGCAAAACAAUGAAGACAAACCCAAGGAAAAUGCUGAAACAUUUUUGAAAUUUAAACGGUUUGUCUGGCCAAAGCCAAAACCAAAACCAAAAACCAAAUGCAGUGUAUUGUUGUACCUACAUAAGGAUAAACUAAAAAAAAAAAAAUCAAGUAAAAAAAAAAAAUUAAAGUAAUAUAAAAAAAAUAUAAACAUAAUUUGUAACUGACACUCGAUGUUAAUAAAUUGAAACAAGCCCGCAAGGCACAUUAGGGGUACUCUAGCGACAGCAGCUACGAAACGUCAACAAAUUUUUUCAGCGAGCUACUAAAAAACUGAUCAACAAGAACUCAAAACUAAUCUGGUGGCACAAUUUUUUGUUUUUCUACCAAGUGUACUACAAGUUUGUCUACUUGAAAACAAAUAUAUAUAUUAUCAAACAACAAAUAUUUAUAUAUAUACAUA